AUGUGCGUCCUCGGCUGGGGUCUCUCGCUUUCGGGGUAUACGCACACUCUCACCGAAAUUUCAUCUCUUCUGCGUCACCCAUAUCCUCAGCGAACAAUGAAAACCCACCUGCCACAACUGAACGAGCUCCGGAAAGUACUGGCAUCAGCUGAGAGAAAGCCCCAUUCCGGUAUCUGGUCGACUGCCUCACACAUCACAGAAUCGGCCCCGCCAGAUGACAGGAAAUCGAAAUCCCAGACCGCCUCGGGCGAGGGCAUGCAAAUCCAUGAAAAGGACCAAAGCGAGAGGGAUGGAGUGUGCGAGACCGACAGUGUGGCCGCGACCAGCUUCCCGACCAUCCCAUUGACGUGGCCAGUCAGAGGACGCUCAUGUCGCUGCUUUGUGAGCCAAUUUUGGGUCUCCGAGGACGACUGGACUGUCCCUGGAUUCGAAGUCAGGGAUCCGAACAAGAAGGAGUCAGGAACGAAUCGCGAGGAUACGAGUAAUUGCAUAAAAGCUGAAAUGAGAGCACAACGACAAGAUGACACUGAGAUGUAUUUGACCACUAAGACUGUUGAAUGA